GGGCUGGGGCCGGCAGGGAGCUGGAUUCUGCGCGUCCGCAGCCCCGGGGAACCGACAUGGCCCACGAGCGUCCCGCCAGCGCCCUGGAGCCCGAGCUCGUCCAGCGGUUGUUGCUCUCCUGCCGGGAGGCCAAGAAGUCCGCCUACUGUCCCUACAGUCACUUCCCCGUGGGGGCCGCGAUCCUCACUCGGGACGGGAGGAUCUUCUCCGGGUGCAACGUAGAGAACAUCUGCUACCCUCUGGGCGUCUGUGCGGAGCGGACCGCGAUCCAGAAGGCCAUCUCAGAAGGACACAGAGAAUUCAGGGCAAUUGCUAUCUCCAGUGACCUGCAAGAUGACUUUAUCUCACCCUGCGGAGCCUGCAGGCAAGUCAUGAGAGAGUUUGGCACCAACUGGUCUGUCUACAUGACCAAGCCGGAUGGCACGUAUGUUGUCAGGACAGUCCUGGAGCUGCUUCCUGCCCCCUUCGGAUCCUUAGGCUGGCAUAAGAUCCAGUGAAGGUCGGAAAAGGCCCACUGCAUGGAAGAGCCUGAGUUUCCACGUGUGCUUAAGGGGACAGCUGCCUGGAGAACUUCACGAAGAUGUUCUCACAGACCUGGGGACAUCUGCCAAACGGGCAGGGCUGGCAGAGAUGGCUUUUCCAAAUUACACUCGAACACGGCGAUCUUCACUGAAGUGAUAAAGUGUUUCAUUCCGUCCUGGGCCAUCAUCCCUCCCGGCAGCCCACCUUGUCCUUCCUGGGGCAGGAGCACCCAUCCCUUCCUUUCCUUCCUGCAGGCCCUCCAUAAAAUUCCAGCCAAGUCUGGACCGCUUCCCCAUCAGCCUUCCCAAGGUUCUAUCCUGUUCUGAGCAACUUUUCUAAUUAUAGACAUCACAGAACACCCGGA